AUAUCACAUCCAUCUUCCAUACAAUAUUGAAACCAUCAUUAUGAGGGAAACUUUCCGUGCUAUGCUUGUUCUAGUUGUUGUAUUGUUCUUCGCAGCUGCAGAGCUUUGUUUCGGUCGGAACACGAGCUUUAGCUGUAUAGAAGGGGAGAGAGAAGCCCUCUUGAAGUUCAAACUAUGUUUCCAUGAUCCAUCUCAUAUGUUGUCUUCUUGGAAAGGCAAUGACUGUUGUGAAUGGAGAGGAGUAGGCUGUGACAAAAAUAACGAAUAUGUUGUCUCACUUCAAUUGAGGGGAUCAGUAUCUGAUCGACUUUAUUCGUACUUUAUUGGCGAUCAACAACCUCAAUUGUACUUGAUUGACCAUGUAGAGGAGGUUGUUUCAAGUUUGCUCAAGCUGAGAUACUUGGAACACCUGGACUUGAGCAACAAUAAUUUCAGUGGUGAUCUUAUUUCACCUUCCUUUGGCUUGAUGGAGCAAUUGAGAUACCUAAAUCUCUCUUAUGCGCAAUUCAGAGGGAGAAUUCCUAGUGAACUUGGAAAUCUUACAGGGCUUCAUGUUCUUGAUCUUUCUCAAAAUUAUUAUGGGAGAUUGAAGGUUGGGGAUGACAUUCAAUGGAUUUCUCGUCUCUCCUCUUUGCAACGACUUGAUAUGAGUGGAGUAAAUCUAAGCCAAGCCUCAUCAAACUUGUUGCAGUUAAGUCUGUCAAGCUGUUGUCUCAGAAAUUGUCACUUGCCAUCUCAGAACCAUCCCCUUAAUUUUACAUGGCUUAGCAAUAUUCAGCACUUAGAUCUUUCAGCUAACUUUUUUCAAGGUCCGAUACCUAUGUUUUUCCAAAACAUGACUUCCUUGAUAUUUCUUUAUCUUUCUAGAAAUCAAUUAAGUGAGAAUAUUCCAGAUAACAUCAGCCAACUUUCUAAGUUAAAGAGCAUUGAUCUUUCUAACAAUCAAUUGAGUGAGAGUAUUCCAAAUAGCAUCGGGCAACUUUCUAAGUUAGAGAGCAUAGAUCUUUCUAACAAUCAAUUGAGUGGGAGUAUUUCAAUUAGCAUCGGGCAACUUUUUAAGUUAGAGAGCAUAGAUCUUUUUAACAAUCAAUUGAGUGGGAGUAUUCCAGAUAGCAUCGGGCAACUUUCUAAGUUAGAAGGCAUGUAUCUUUAUGGCAAUCAAUUGAGUGGGAGUAUUCCAGCUAGUAUCGGGCAACUUUCUAAGUUAGUGGGCAUAGAUCUUUAUGGCAAUAAAUUGAGUGGGAGUAUUCCAGCUAGCAUUAGACAACUUUCUAAGUUAGCGAGUAUAGAUUUUGCUAGAAAUAAAUUGAAUGGGAGUAUUCCAGAUAGUAUAGGGCAACUUUCUAAGUUAAAGAACAUAUAUCUUUUUGGCAAUCAAUUGAGUGGAAGUAUUCCAACUAGCAUCGGGCAACUUUUUAAGUUAGAGGGAAUAUAUCUUUCUAUCAAUCAAUUGAGUGGAAGUAUUCCAGCUAGCAUUGGACAACUUCCUAAGUUAGAGGGAAUAUUUCUUUCUUACAAUCAAUUGAGUGGAAGUAUUCCAGCUAGCAUCGGGCAACUUCCUAAGUUAGUGAUAAUGGAUCUUUCUGGCAAUCAAUUUGGAACAGGAUUUCCUGAAUGGCUUCAAUUGCAAAAGAUAAAAAUCACGGUUGAUCUCUCUAAUGCUAGCAUCUCAGGUCCUCUUCCAGAAAACAUAAGUCUUAUGAUGCCAAUGUUGGAGGGAUUAUACCUUGCAAAUAACCUCAUGAAUGAUCUUGCAGAUAACAAUCUGAUAGGAAGAAUUCCUCCUUGUUUUGGAAAGUUUCCGAUUAUGGUGAAUGCAACACAAUUGAUCCAUGACAUGGAUUAUGCAUAUUGGGAUGAGGUCACUUUGAUGGAGGUUGUGAAAGGAAGAUACCUUGAGUAUACAAAACAAACUCUGAGAUUUGAGAUUAGUAUAGAUCUUUCAAGUAACAAUCUAACAGGAUUCAUACCAGAGGAGCUAAUUUUUCUUAAGGAUUUGCACAAUUUGAAUCUGUCUUGGAAUCAUCUUUCAGGAAAGAUCCCUGAGAAAAUUGGACAAAUGGAGAAUUUGGAAUCUCUUGAUUUCUCCAAGAAUGGCCUCUCAGGAAAAAUCCCGAACAGUUUGUCAAAUUUAACUAAGUUAAGCCACCUCAACUUGUCCAACAACAACUUGUCAGGGCUAAUUCCAACAGGUUAUCAGCUCCAAACACUUGAAGAUCCAACCAUAUAUGCAGGCAAUCCUCAACUCUGUGGAGCUCCACUCCUGAAGAAUUGCUCAAAUGAUGCACUGCCUCCGACAAUCACCAACUUCAAGGACAAUGAUGAAAUUGCACUUGAAAGAAUGUGGUUUUACAUUGUGGUGAUGUUAGGCUUUGCAAUUGGUUUUUGGGGAGUCGUGGGAACUUUGAUUUUUGUGAGAAGUUGGAGAUAUGCUUAUUUUCAAAGGCUGGAUGAUGUCCAACAUUGGAUACUUAUGGUUAUAACAUUGAAGGUGGCAAGAUUCAAAAAGAUGUUCAAUGGCAACCAAGAUAAUCAGUGAGUUAUAUAUAGAGUAUGUUGUUGUUGCUACAUUUAUUAUUAAGUUAGUUAGACAACCCCAUGUUGUAGGGUAUGGUGUCAAGUCUAACUUUGAAUGGCCCAACAUUGAAUAAGCCAAUUUUAAAUGA